AGUCAAGAAAAGUGUCGUGACAUUACCGACCAUCUUCAACCAUCCCUACUGAGCCUAACCUCGAAAAUACAGUCAUUGGCAAAUUGUGAUGAGGUUACAUGUUUAAGGUUUUUAACUAUUGAAAAAUGGCUACUAUAAAAUUCGGAAAGCAUUUGAAAGAGUUGAGAAUCCUUCUGUGCCAAACGUCUAAAUCUAGUCAAGGCGUUAGAGAUUUCAUCGAGCAACAGUAUGUAUCGUUGAAGAAAAAUAACCCAACAUUUCCCAUUUUAAUUAGAGAAUGCUCAUCGAUUGAACCAAAACUGUAUGCGCGUUAUGAAUAUGGUGCAGAACGUUGCGCAUCUUUGUCGAAUCUAAAAUCUGAUGAUGUAUUUGGGAUAGUUCGACAAUUAGCAUCUCAGAAAUAGAUAUAAAUUGUAUUGAUAAAUAUGUAUCAUGCUAUAUAUGCAUAGUAUUUUAAUAAAAUAGUCAGUUGAAUCAAUUAAAAGGUUCAUUUUUAAGAUAUAAAAGUUAUUUCUUAAAAAAAAUGUGUACCUUUCAUGCAUACAUGCUAGGUAUUCAUGGAUUAUAUAAGAUGAUAAGCCAUUAAAUUAUACUGAGUGGUUAUUCUGUUUUUGUUAAAAAAUAUUUAUUUUCUUUUGUAAUUUAUAUGUCUGUGCAAUAUUUUAAAGUUCAGUUCAAUGGUUAUAAGAAAUAUUAAAAUAAAUCUUAUGGAAGUAGUAACUCAAUGUAUCUAAUGAAUAUAAAUGGACUUAAUAUUCAAUAAAGAUAUGAAGGAGAUCUUAUAACUUAUAUAAAUAUUAUAUAAGCCGUAUAGGUUCCAUUAUUUCUUCUAUGUCAGGCAGUGACAAUUCUUUUUAUCUAUGUAUGAAAAUAUGUAUCUCGAGAUGUAACACAUUCUUAUGGUUUUUCUGAAAUAAAUCUAUGUACAUCAA